GCUGCGCGGGACUCGCGGAUUCCCAGCCGCGCUGAGGUCGCAGGGAGACGGCCUGGCGUCCGAGCCCAGCGCCUGCGCCAAGCGAGCGGAGCCCAUGCAGUAACGGAGCCCGAGCUCAGCGAGCGGGGAGUCGCUGAGGUGCACGGCCCCACGUCGCCCUGGCAGGCCGGCAUGGAGGAGUGCCGGGUGCUCUCUAUCCAGAGCCACGUCGUCCGCGGCUACGUGGGCAAUCGGGCGGCCACGUUCCCGCUGCAGGUGUUGGGGUUUGAGAUCGAUGCUGUGAACUCUGUCCAGUUUUCAAACCACACAGGCUAUGCUCACUGGAAGGGUCAAGUGCUGAACUCGGAUGAGCUCCACGAGGUGUACGAAGGUCUGAAGCUGAACAACGUGAAUAAAUAUGACUACGUGCUCACGGGGUACACAAGGGACAAGUCCUUUCUGGCCAUGGUGGUGGACAUCGUGCAGGAGCUGAAGCAGCAGAACUCUCAACUUGUGUAUGUGUGUGACCCGGUGAUGGGGGACAAGUGGGAUGGCGAAGGCUCUAUGUACGUUCCGGAGGACCUCCUUCCCGUGUAUAAAGAAAAGGUCGUGCCAAUUGCAGACAUUAUAACCCCUAACCAGUUCGAGGCCGAGUUACUGAGCGGAAGGAAGAUCCACAGCCAGGAUGAAGCCUUAGCGGUGAUGGAUGUGCUACAUUCAAUGGGCCCAGAAACUGUGGUCAUCACCAGCUCCAACCUGCCCUCCCCAAGGGGCAGUGACUACCUGAUCGCCCUGGGGAGCCAGAGGAUCAGGCACACUGACGGCUCCGUGGUGACCGAGCGCAUCCGCAUGGACAUUCAGAAGGUAGAUGCCGUCUUCGUGGGCACUGGGGACCUCUUCGCUGCCAUGCUCCUGGCAUGGACACACAAGCACCCCAACAACCUCAAGGUGGCCUGUGAGAAGACGGUGUCGGCCAUGCACCAUGUUCUGCAGCGGACCAUCAAAUGUGCUCAAGCCCAGGCUGGGGAAGGACAGAAGCCCAGCCCAGCCCAGCUGGAGCUGAGAAUGGUCCAGAGCAAAAGGGACAUCGAGAACCCAGAGAUCGUUGUCCAGGCCACGGUGCUGUGAGGGCCGCACGUUCCAGCCACCUGACCCACAGUGUGUUGGCGUGUCCGUCUUCAUCCCGUGAAAAAUGUGACGUCUGCCUUAGAGCUGUGACUGAGAGUCAUUGUUUCGUUUUUUGUGAGUGUCCAGCAUCUACUGCUCUCAAUCGUGAAAUCGUGCCAGUCAUGCUUUCUAAAAAUAACGAAUUGAUCACAGAAAUUCAUGAUUUGGAAAACCAGCUGCCCUUCCCCACUAAAGCUCCUGGGCCUCUCUGGAAAACCAGCUCUGUGACCACUGUCUUGGGGGUGUCCUCCCCAGCUGGAGGGUGGCACUUGGUGUGAGGGGCAGCUGCCCCCAGAGAGUCACAUCAUCUCCCACCAUUGCAUGACCCCCUGACCAAUGUGGGCCUGGGAGGUGGGGGCAGGUCCCGGGUGGUGGCAGCCCUGUCUGUGUGUCUCUGGGAAUGAGUUCAGUGUUACCCAUUCACAUCUGGAGGAAUUCUGCCAAAUACCUUUAUUGUCAUUCUGGCCUUUUUCUCUCAGCUCCUGCUUCCAGACUUUUGUUUCUUUUCUGCUUAGGAGGCCGCUGGGCAUUUCAGAUGUUCUGCUUCUGUAUCCACAUCUGGACACGUUAACACCAGAUGGCCCAGAGACACACAGGCCUGCACAGUCACUUUGGCAGGACCCCCAAAAUUCAAGUCAGUGCACAAAUCUCAUUUCCAGGACCCCCAAAAUUCAAGUCAGUGCACAAAUCUCACGAGUAUCAGCAGGACCACCCUAUAACGCACAAGUGACUCUAGGGACCUUCCAGGUGCAGAGGUGCUGGCAUACCAGCAGAAGGAUGGCUGGCCCAGGGCCAGGGUGUCUGGUUAGGUGCCAUGCUGGGCUUCUUCUGGAAGGCUGGCCUAGUUUGUGGUACAACAGCUUAGGAACUGUGUGACUGCCACCUGGUGUUGGUGACAUGCCUUGUGCUACAGAGUGAGUGUACAGACAGGUACGGGGGCGGAGGUGGGCUCCUGCUCCCGCUGGUGGCUCAUUUCCCCUCCAGGCCCUGGUAUUAGUGCAGUUGUCUGCUGCCUGCUUGACCUCCUUUGCUGGCUCCAUUAGCCCAGGACUUUGGGGUACCCGAGGCAUGGCUGCAGGCAGGAGCGUCCAUCCUGAAGACUCAGCCUGCUUGGUCUCAGCACCCUGCCCCCACCCUGGGGAUGCAGAGCAUUGCCCCUCCUGGGAGCCCGCACAUCUGCGUGGUGCAUUCUGCACUCUGUAGAAAAUGCCCUAAAAAGAAGAGCUGCCACUCCCUGGUGACCCCUGGCCCUGAGCCCCACCAUUCACUUCCCGAUGUCCACACUCGGAGCUGAGGUUGUCCCAGGGGCCUGUGCACAGGUCAGGCCGUCUGUGACACCCAGGCCCCACUGAGCCCCAGGGCAGAGCCUGGCCCCUUGGUGGCUGCAGGCCCCCCUGGACCAGGAGGAGGAAGGAGUGGUGUGCAGCACAGCCGGGGGCUGGCUUCUCAAUAGUUGCCCAUAGGAACCACCCAAAGUCCCCCAGGGCCCUCGCUGGGCAGCACCUAGAAUGGAAUCUGUCACCACUGCCAAGAAGAGCUGGGGGCUGGCCGAAGAGAAAUGGUUUCUCAUUCUUGUGUUAUUUCAUUUUCAACUUGGAGAGGAUGUUUGUUCAAGCUGGGACAGUGAACCAAGCAAGAGCUUAGGAGACAAGAAGCAACAGGUGAGAGCCUAGGCCAGGCUGCUUGGGCUCCCUGGAAGGUAUGGACAGGAACUGAGCAGAGAUGGGGCCAUUGCAGCUCACUUGAAAGUCAGUGAUGGGGAGCCCUCAGGGGCCAGUUCAAGGGGAAGCCUGGGAUGCGCUGCCGCUGCCCCAUUGCUCCCCUGGUUGUGAGUCUCAUGGGGCUCCUUAGAGUUUAGGAGCUGCACGUCUGCUGGGGAAGAAGAUGGGGAAGGAAAGGCACUGGGGUGCUCGAGGGGGAAGGGCCUUCUUUUUAAAUUUUAUUAGCAAGAGCAAGUAUAGGGCUGGGGAAAGGACCCAAAUGUAUCUGUGAUCCAUGAGAUGGUGAAAACCCACCAGUAAAACAUGGUUUGGGUGUUGGGCUUGUUCCGUGUGGACAGUGAAUUUGAAGAGGAACAUACUCCUCAAACACUGUGAGAUUCUUGGCUCUUUAGUUUUAUUUCCCAGGCAUGGCCCCCUUGAGGUUCUGUUCUUUUCCUUUCCUGUAUUUAUACACAGAAGGCUGAGACUUUUUCCACCCACAAACUUAAGUGGGAACCAGGGACUCAAGCUACACCUGGACUUUUCCUUUCCCUUUGGUUUUAAAGCUUCAACACGCAGAGAUGGCGUCUCAGGGGAGAUGCUUCGGGCUUCUGUGGGAGUCUGAGCCCGUGUUCUUAUGCCCAGGUUGAGGAGCCUGUGCUCUCUCUGCUUGUCUCUACACCUCCCUGUCCCAUUAGUUCUGGGGAAGGAGGAGGCUGUGGAGGAGGCCCCAGAAACUUCUCCGUGUGGAAUUUCCCACCCAGACAUUAAGUACAGCCCUGGGAGUUAUACCCACAGGUUGGGUCCAAAUCAGAAUUGAUCUUUACUGUUUUUACUUACAUGGCUUAGCGACACGCAAAUGACUGUGUUAGCAUUGGAGGUGGUGGUUGGAGGGCAAGUUCACUGCCGCCCAGCAUGUCAAACUUCCGGCGGCCCUGCAGGAUGCAUUACCCAGCAGGUCCCGUGUGUUUUAACCCAUCUUCAUCACCAAGUCCCGCUACGGUAACUGUGUUAGUCGGCCUCAUCUUUGUAAAAUGCAUCAUUGAUGGUGAAAACGGUGCUUGUCCUGCUCUUACACUUGUUGGAAACAGUCUUCAGGACGUUUAAUUUUCCACUGACGGCGUCUGGCUCAGCACACCUGCCCAGAGGUGGGGAGGGUGUCCGAGUGUUGAGGACGCAGGCCAGAGCGCAUGGCCUGCACCCUGACCCCGGAGUCCUGAUGGAACGGCCGCCCGGACACCGUCUUCAUCUGUGUGACAAACACGUGGGAGCUGCAGCUUCCUGUGCUGACUGGUCGCUGGCCUCUGCCUCAGGCACAUCUGCCUGUUCAGUGUGUUUCCUGACCUUGAUGGGACCACCUGCUUCCUGGGUCGUGGGGUCCCGGUCUGUGUGUAUCAAGACACCACGUGACUGAACUGUAUUCAGAGCUGGAAUGGCCAGGAAUCACUGUCUUCCCUCUCUGCCCCCCACUGAUCCCUGGGGCCAUGUCCACAUGCGUCUGCCCCCAGAGCCUCCUGGAACCUACCUGGGACAACAGGAGAGGAAGGGGGGAGAGUUAGUGAGUGUGCAGGGUGGGUUAUGUGCAGCCGGGGUGUUGUGAAUGUGGCCAACUGUCUGUGUCUGGGUGGGAGGCACAUUGUCCCAAAAUGGAUUUCCCCCCCAAUGGCACUGCUACUGAACCUGCGGGUUUCUCCCCGGGCCACCUCCCAAAGCCCACGGGAUGUACAGGAGCGGGGGCCCUGUGUGUCCCGUCGGUGGCAGCCCCACAGGCUCUCCCGGUAUCACUCGUCCUGCUGUCUGGGAGUCCCAGGGACAAGCCAUGCUGGGGGGGGGGGCGGGGGGCUCACAGUUCUUAUAGUACAUGUGUCUUCUUGUGGAUGUCUGCAGUUUAUUCUCAGUGCAAAAUGUCUUCUGUUUCACUGAUUAAAAAACAAUGUCUGAUAAA